UGGGUGCCCGCCCGCCCCGCCUCGCCCGGUCCCAGCCCCGCGCCCAGCUCGAGACUCCCCGAGGUCCCUGAGCUCCCGCCCAACGCCCGCGCCCGCCUCCCCGCCUUCCUGCAGGGCGAGGGCGUGUUCGCUCAGCUGGUGGCCCGAGAUGCUCGGCUCACCGAAGGGCUCCUGCACUGGUACAGCGCCGCGGGCCUCAAGGGCGUGUACCUGGCCCCUGGCCUGAGCUACGACGAGCAGACCCGGGAGCUGGUAGUGGCCGAGGCCGGCCUCUACUCCGUCUUCUUGUACGUGGAACUGCAUCGUGUGGUGAACAGAGCUGGCUCUGGCUGGGUCUCCACUGCCCUCCACCUGCAGCAGCGGGGUGAAGGGACCGCAGCUCUGGCCCUGACCUUGGACCUGCCGGCUCUGUCCUCGGAAGCCCGCAAUUCCGUGGCUGGUUCCCAGGUUGGCCUGCUGCACCUGAGUGCUGGCCAGCGCCUGAGUGUCCACCUGAAUGCCACCACCGAGGCCCAAUUUGCCUGGCAGCUUGCACAAGGCGCCACAGUCCUGUGCCUCUACCCAGGACUUCUACCCACCAACGUCCCCAUCGGACUUCUCUACCCACAGUCCUCAUGAGGUGGGUCCCGCGUACCACUCCCUAGGGAGAGACUGAAUUCUGCCUUGCUUCGUUGGGGCCUCUGAUGAUGGGUCCCAGCUAUUCUACCUCACCAGUCUGGGCAGGGUUCCCGGCUGCUCACCCCGGCCUCGAGGACGCUCCAGGUCCUACUCUCACUCCCAUCCCGAGUCAAACCCUUGGUAUUUAUUCUGAGCCUGAGCUCAGACAGCGGACUUUUUAUUAAUCAGUUCAACUUAUAUUUAUUGAGCAUCUACUACAUGCCAGGUACGGUGAAAAUGCAGGGCUAGAGACAUCGGCAAGCAAAACCGACCUCCCCCAAAUCCUUAUUUAUGUUAGUAUGUGAGCAAUAAAGACUCACCCCGGGCCCCCACAGGAUCUGUGGGGCUAGCUGUUGGGAGUCUGCGGAACUCUGUGUGUCGUGUGAGCUUCAGUCAUCCGCGCGAGCUUUAUUGAGCAUCUGCUAUGUGUCGGGCACUGUUUUAGGUGUUAGGGACAGGACACACAGCUGUGAACAAGGCAGACCAAGACCCCAGCUUUUGCCAAGCUGACGUCUCAUAGGCUGGCUCGACACUGUGACUGGGCCGUGGGGGAGUGUGCGUGGCACUAAACAAU